AUGGGUUUUCCGAUUAAUUAUCUACUCCAGCUGUUACAGUCAGUCACGUAUCACUUCCUUCCCGUUCAUGGACUGGAAGGAAAGUGUGCCUUCCCUGUGGUCCUCUUCAAAGUCUGCCAGAAGCAACAACAGUCGUUGAAACCUGCCGACAACAACAGUUCAUUGGACAACCCCUCGAUGGACAAGAACGGCAACGCCCGUCCCACUAUGGAGUCUCCCUCCACUCUUCUCCAAAACCUCAACCUCGACGGGGUCUCUGACAAGACUCUUCCUGCCAUCAUGCUUUCACCUCUUGACUCUCGUCCGUUGAUGUACCCUGCCGUGCUCUACGAGACACGAAAGAACCCUGCCGUCAUGAAGCACUCGCUGGUCGAGGCCCACGGCGAGGCAGAAGCCGAAGACGACGUGCAGCGCUCCAUGGCUAGGAGGAAAAAGAACGAGCCGCCCAUGGACAUCAACAAGAAGUGCAGCUACUGUGACAAAGUCUUCAAACGUCCUUGCGACUUCACCAAGCACGAAAAGACUCACUCCCGUCCUUGGAAGUGUCCUGUCGAAGACUGCAAAUACCACCACGUCGGAUGGCCGACCGAGAAGGAGCGUGACCGUCACGUCAACGACCGUCAUUCAGACAACCCACCUGCCUACAACUGCAUGUUUAAUCCAUGUACAUAUACCUCCAAGCGAGAGAGCAAUCUCAAGCAACACAUGGAAAAGGCUCAUGGCUGGAAAUACGUCCGGUCAAAGAAGAACGGCAAGCGUGGACAGACUCCUUCUACGUCCGAUGGAUCUCCCAAUCAGACUACUCCUCCUACUCCUUCUAUGCCAUUGACUCCCGCCAUGUCCACUCCCGUCUCUAGCCUUAGCACUGAGCUUCCGUCGCCGUCCAGCGGUCACAUGCCUUCACCUUAUUCCCAGACCAUGUCAGCUAAUGAGCCUGUCAUCUACAACGGUUCUUACGUCGAUGGCUACUCCAACAUGGCUAAUGGUCAGGCGUUCAAUUUUGCCGACCCGCCAAUGAUGACUGGUUAUGACUACUCAGACUUUCAACUCUUCCCGUCGGCCGAUCUCGACAAUAUCAGUUUGGAUCCUGUUCCUCAUUCGCAGACCGAAGACUUUACCACAUUCAACCAGGCCCUUGACGCCGGCAACACUCAUGAGUUGAUAUCGCAACCUCCGAGUGCCGACAUGACUUUGGACCAACUGGGUCAGGACCACCUCAACCCGUACUGCUUCGACAGUGAAUUCUACAGUUACCAGUCUGGGUUGGCUGAUUUUCAGCCUAACAACGGGAUGCCGGAGUUCUAA